AUGUCUACUCUCAAGCGCAAGGCCGCCACCCAGGCUGCAGGCGCCGACGCCAAGAAGCCCAAGCAGAAUAGCAGCAUCAUGUCCUUCUUCGGCCCCCCAAAGGUGACGCCCUCGGCAGCGAGCAGCAGUAGCAGCACCGCUGCCACGACCACGGGUGCCAAUGCCGGGCCUGAACCCGCUGCUCCCAAGUUUGACAAGGUCAAGUGGGUCGCCAGCUUGACCCCCGAGCAGCGGGAGCUUCUCCAGCUCGAAAUCACCACCCUCCACCACAGCUGGCUCGCCCUUCUCAAGGACGAGAUCACCACCAAGGAGUUCCUCGACCUCAAGAGGUUCCUAAACCGCGAGACCGCUGCCGGCAAGAAGUGGUUCCCCCCAAAGGAGGACGUCUACAGCUGGUCGCGGCACACGCCCUUCAACAAUGUCAAGGUGGUGAUUGUCGGCCAGGACCCAUACCACAACCACAACCAGGCGCACGGGCUGGCCUUCUCGGUGCGGCCGCCGACGCCCGCGCCGCCCUCGCUCAAGAACAUGUACACGUGCCUCAAGAACGACUACCCGUCGUUCACGCCGCCGCCCAACAAGGGUGGACUGCUGACGCCGUGGGCCGAGCGUGGCGUGCUGAUGCUCAACACGUGCCUGACGGUGCGCGUCCAUGAGGCCAACAGCCACUCCAACCGCGGCUGGGAGCGCUUCACGCAGCGCGUCAUCGACCUGGUCGCCACCAAGCGCACCCGCGGCGUCGUCUUCAUGGCCUGGGGCACGCCCGCCGCCAAGCGCGUCCAGAAGGUCGACGCCAAGCGCCACCUCGUCCUCAAGGCCGUCCACCCCAGCCCCCUCAGCGCCUCGCGCGGCUACUUCACCUGCCGCCACUUCCGCCUGGCCAACGACUGGCUCGCCACCCGCUACGGCGACGACACGGGGCCCGUCGACUGGGCGCUGACCGAAGGCGCGAGCAUCUUUGCCAAGGAGGGCGAGGACGACGAGGCCGCCGAACACAGCGACGCCGUUUCCGACAGCAGCGUGGCCAAGAAGGUCCUCGAGGACGCUGCCGCGGCCGCCGUCGACAAGAAGCCUAAUACGAGCGGCAAGACCAACAAGAAGGCCGCUUCCGUCGCCAAGUCAACGGCGGCGGAGGACGACGAGAAUGUCGCCCCCGAAGAAGACGACGUCGAGGCUUGA